AUGAUCAAAAACCAAGCUAGAUUGCAAGGACUAGCAAAAUGCCGGGAACUAAGUCGGUUACUAGAAACAAAGAAUCUCUCAGGAAUUGUUCAGUUUCGCAAGACAGCGAAUGAGGAGGAGCAGGUUCCUGUGAUCAAAAAGUGGAAACUCCAGAUGGAAGACGGAAUGAUACUGGAGCAUCUGCUGCUCACAAAGGAAUGUCCCUGGGAAGCCAACGCCACAGCAGUGGCUCAGUACAGGGCAGAACUCGGGCUAUGUUGCAAUGCUUCCUUCUGGCUGGUGGUAACCCAGGACAAUGCACCACUAGGAUCCAGUAUAACCUUCGAUGGGAACAAAGGACAGAAGGUGCUGGUGAAUGCGCAUCUGUUUGAUUUGCUGCCAAAGAGAUCACCCUUCUCGGACAUUCCGUAUCGGCACUGUGCAGUGGUGGGCAAUGGUGGAAUCCUACAAAACAGCCGCUGUGGGCAGGAAAUUGAUCAAGCUGAUUUAGUAGUCAGGUUCAAUUUGCCUCCCAUGAAUUUCUCUGACGAUGUGGGAACCACGACAGGAGUAGUGACCAUCAACCCCAGCAUACUUCAGUUUAGAUACAAGAACUUGCAGGCCCGGAGGAAGCCUUUUGCAGAUGCUCUACAGCCAUACAGGGACGCCCUCUUCCUCAUCCCAGCUUUCUCUUUUGUGGGCCAGAGUGAUCUCAGCUACCGUGCUUUGUACACCAUGGAGGACUUUGGCUUAAUGCAACAAGCCUUCUUCCUGAAUCCACACUACCUGAGCACCCUAAGUGACUACUGGAAGAAAGAAGGCUUGAAGCCGCAGCGCCUUUCCUCCGGCUUCAUGCUCCUCAGCAUGACUUUGGAGUUCUGUGAGCACAUCACUCUCUACGGCUUCUGGCCCUUCCUGCAUGACCUGGCUGACCAGCCCAUCCCUCAUCAUUAUUAUGACAAUGUGUUGCCCAGGGCUGGCGUUCAUGCCAUGCCCAAUGAAUUCUCACAUUAUCUCCGCAUGUAUGCAAAAGGUGUGCUGCGGUUACGACUUGGCAAGUGUCAGUGA